UUAAAGUUGUGAAUUAUUGACAAAACACAAUAGAAUAGUAACAGCAGCACAUUGCAGGUAUUGUGACAUGAUUGCCAUUUGUGUGUUUGUAUUUGUGUCUUUUGAGGGACAAAUGUCUUUACAUAUAUAGAGAAGUAUGAUGAUAAACAAUAUUCUGAGCGCAUAUUACUGGUCAUAAGCAUGUAAAAAGGCUUCUAAAUCAACCAAAACAGGAUUUUAAUUAAAUAGUGUUUUGCAAGUAUCCAUUAUGGGUACCUUUACUGGUAGAUGUUAUAUAGUGAACCAACAUGUGUGUGUGAGUUCUUGAAACUGUAAAUUCUGUGAAUGUCUUCAGUGGCAACUCCUGAGUUAUUAUUUUGGUUUAAAGUCCUUUUGUAACGUUCCUUUAAUGUACUGAAAUACCAAAACAGUCAUACGGUUUACUACAAAUCAACAGUGACCACCAGACUGCCAUUAAUGUGUGUUUUUAUGUUAAUGCAAAAAUAUAAUAGACAUUUGUUUAAUUUGUUUUUUUUUAUCAUACAGACAACCUUAACUGAGCAUCACUAUGAGGAGACCCUGUCUGAUGCCACCCAGAGACUACCAGAUAGAGUUGUAGAGUUUCAAAGCAGCAAAUCACAGGAGCCGUAUAACGGUGAUGAGUUGCUGUAUCCUGGAUCAUCUCUUACCAAAGGCCAGAGUUUGCUGCUGUUGAUGUCAUAUGUGUUACGACAUAAUCUAACAGGAGUUGCCUUAGAACAUCUUCUAAAAAUUUUUAAUGAACAUUUUCCAGGAUUGGUACCGGAAACUGUAUACUUGUUUAACAAAUCAUAUGGUGAGUUUGGUCAUUAUGAACCUCAUUUUUACUGUGUGUCAUGUUGUAACUACUUAGGAACAAGAGAGAAAAGCCUGAUGCAUUGUGCUGUCUGUAAGGCAGCAUUUGAUGCAGAUGCUAAUCUGAAAAAUGGCUCAUUUUUUCUAGUAUUGAGCUUGUCAUCACAGCUCAAAGACAUUCUUGAAAAUCCAAGUUUAACUUUGUCAAGGCACACUACAGCUGAGAAAGAUGUAAUAAAUGACAUACAGUGUGGAGCUGAAUAUAGAAAAUUGAGAGAAAAUGGGCAAUUAGGUGAUUGUGACAUAAGCUUACUGUGGAAUUGUGAUGGAAUUCCCAUUUUCAGAAGCUCAAAUUACCAGGUGUGGCCUGUUCAAUGUCAGGUAAUAGAACUAGGGCCAGCGGACAGAAAAAACAACAUCUGUUUGCCAUGUAUUUGGUUUGGUGAAAAGAAACCAAUCAUGUCUGUUCUGCUAACCCCUUUUGUGAAUGAGCUGUGUUCUCUUGAGAGGGAAGGGUUCAUUUGGAAAGAUUCACAAAAUGUAGAGCAUAUUUCUAAGGUGUAUGCACUAAUUUGUAGCUCUGACUCAGUUGCCCGCCCACUCCUAAGAAACACAAAACAAUUCAAUGGACAAUAUGGGUGUGAUUUCUGCUAUCAUAUAGGUGGAGGUCCUUAUCCAUACAGAAGACCAGAGCCUCUUCUCCGAUCUGAAACAGAACAUUACAACCAUGCUAUGGCAGCUACCGUACAACUGCCAGUCAAGGGUGUAAAAGGCCCAACAGAACUGAUGAGACUAGAAAAGUUUCAGAUAAUUAAUGGUUUUGUACCAGAAUAUCAGCACAGUGUUUGUCUUGGUGUCACUCGACAACUGGCAACUCUGUGGCUGGACUCCAAUAAUCACAACAAAGAGUGGUACAUAGGCACGAAAGCAGACAUUAUUGACCAAGAACUGCUGGCUAUAAAACCCCCGGUAGAGAUAACAAGAACACCCAGGUCACUACAAGACAGGAAAUACUGGAAAGCAUCAGAAUGGCGGUCAUUUCUUCUUUUUUAUUCUUUGCCUAUUCUCAAUGGUGUUCUAAAGAAGAAGUUUUGGAACCACCUGUUUCUUUUAGUUUUUGCUUUGCAUAUACUUCUUCAACAGCAGGUGAAACUUUGUGAAGUCAGUGUAGCAGAAAUAGCACUGAAGAAGUUUGUUAUUCAGUUUGAGGUGCUGUAUGGUAUUAAGAAUGUGUCAUUCAAUGUACACCUGUUGACACACCUUGCAGCCAGUGUUAAGAACUGGGGUCCCUUGUGGGCAACAUCAACAUUUUCAUUUGAGUCUUUCAAUGGUACUUUAUUAAAGUACUUCCAUGGGACUACUCAUGUCCCUGCUCAAAUGGUGAAGACAUUCCUUAGAUGGAAGAGUCUGCGAAAAAGGGUGGAAAAAUGUUUAGUCAACACAGAUGAUAAUCUAAAAGACCUCUUCUCCCAACUUCAAAAUAGUAAUUCCAUGAGUUGUAAAGCGAAAAAUCUGACUGGAAAUGUCACUGUGUUUGGUCCUCAUUCUGAAACUGUAAGUCCAUCACACGUCUUUGCCAUAGAAGAAUUGAAUGGUGGUAUAGUGUGUAACUGUAAAUCCUACACUCGUUUCAUAAUUGGUGAGGCACUGUAUCAUGCAGAAGCUAACAGCAGAUUAAAGAAAAGAAAUAAUUCUAUUGCAGAAUUAAAAGAUGGAACAUUUUGUAAAGUCUUGAGCUUAGUUUCUUAUGAAACUGUCACCAGUGCUUCAGACAGUGAUGGUGGAAAAAAAUGCUGUGUAGUUGUGCAGAAUCUUGUAAAGUCAAGAAGACCAUUGUGUAGGGACAUUCAAUUGAACAUCUCAUCCAAGUUUGUGUAUGAGGUGUCUGAAAACAGUCAUGUGUAUGCUGUGAACACUGACUCAUUUAAAAGAAAAUGUGUAAUGGUAAAAAUACAGGACUGCACAUUUGUUAUACCUCUCCCAAAUAAUGUAGAAAGGGACUGAAGGGUUUGUAGAGUAUAGCUGAAUUGGGUGAAAAUACCAUACAACUAGAUUUAAAUUACACCAUCAGAAAAAUGCUUUUUGUGAGAAUGAAGACUUGACAAGCUAAAUAGUUUCUUUGACUGAAUAGAAAUGUUAUAAUAAUCCUUUGUAAAAUUGUGCUGUAUAUACUCAUUGUAAAUAAUAAAGGAAUAAGUGUAUGAUAACACAUGUAAGUACUGAGAUCAUUAAAAAAAAUUACAUAUCAACCAA